CCACUAAUAGGAAAAAUUUACCCGCGUAUGGAUUACUAGUGGCAAACCCCGAAUCUUAUCUGAUAUACCCGCGUAGUCUCUCAACCACCGACCAAGUGGCGCCAGCCAGUGAUCAGAGAAAACAAUGGCAGCAGGAAUAAUAGGAGGCCAAACCGCUUGCAGAAUCUCAUCGUACUAUGUAGUCUAUCCACCAACACCAUGUUCUUCCUUCCACUCAAACAUCAUCAAACGUAUCCCAACCACAUGUAAUGGACGAUACAGAGCCAGCCUAAUCAUGAAUCCUGAAUCUUUCGAAGUCGGUCGGCUUAUCGGAAGCUACGGCUUCAUGAGCGUCACUAAUUAUUCAUCAGGACUUCAAUCAAUUGAUAGCUUACAAGAACAACGAGAAGAAGAGGCUGUCGGCGGUUUGCGAUUUCAGGAUGUUAGACAAGGCAAUGUUCAAAUCAGGCUUUACGAAGGACGAGUAACUCAGGGCCCUCGUAGGGGCACUCCAAUCAUCUUUAAGGUUUAUCCGGGAAAACAAGUAGGUGGUCUUGAGGCUGAUAUGAUGGCCUCAAAUGAGCUUGGAUCUCAUGCUUUCCUGCAGAGUUGUUCGAAAGUUAUCUGCCAAAAUAUACAAAUUCUAUUAGGGGGUUUUGAGACAAAAACGGGAGAGCAGUGGCUUGCAUUUCGCAAUGAUGGCAAAUAUUGUGCAGCAGACUAUGCUAAAGCUUCAUGUGAGAAAGUUUCCAAGAAUCUUGCUCUUGGAGCUCAGAAAGUAUGGAAUCCCUUUGAAGAAGAACAAUAUAUUAAACGGAAAAGAUAUUUUGUUAUUAAGCUACUUCAUGGUGCUUUAUGUGGUUUGGCUUACAUGCAUGAAAAUGAAAGAUUGCAUCAGAGCCUUGGCCCAGCCUCAGUUGUUCUUAACACGAUGGUAGAUAAAGAUUCUGCUUAUCUUGUUCCAAGGCUUCGUGAUCUUGCCUUUUCGGUUGAUAUAAGGUUUCCAAGUUUAGAGGAAAAUUCAGGCGGAUUAUCUGAUGGUCUUUGGAGACGAGCAAGAUCAGCUGGGGCUUUCACUCUAAUGGAGAAACGAGCUUUUGGAAUAGCUGAUGAUAUUUAUGGAGCUGGUCUUCUUUUCGCAUACAUGGCUUUUAUUCCAUUCUGUGAAGCAGGCAUAGUGGACAGCCUUUCAUUGCAAAGGCUGUUAGAGAGUACUUUUAAACUUGAUCUUGCAGCUACCAGAGAGUACUGCUUAGCCGAUGAUCGGUUUUUAGAGGCUGUCAAGUUUUUGGAUUUGGGUGAUGGGGCUGGCUGGGAGUUAUUGCAGGCGAUGUUGAAUCCUGACUUCAGAAAUAGGCCAAUUGCUGAAGCUGUAGUGAACCACCGGUUCUUGACUGGUGCACUCCUCUGAAGUAUCUUCUUAUGAGUGGGUGCUAAUUAAAAUACACAAUGAGUUAUUCGUGUAAUUUUGUAUCCUAAGACCAAGGUUCUAGUUUGGACUUAUCUUGUGACAUAGAGAAGUAUGGUACCCUUGCAGUCAGUAUCUGAAAGAAAGAGAGCCAACUGAAUCUAUUCCAGUAUCUAUGUAGGCCUAUUAGAAUGUUGCAGUAUUCUUUUUCUAAGUCUGGGCUUAAUGGAAUUAGGGAAGAUGCACUGAAAUGAAGGCUGUUCAUUUAUAA